AGUUUCUCUCAUCAGGCUGUGACACCGAGCUCGGGGGGUGAUAGUGAAGCAGAGCUGCUGGACUGAGGAUGAGAGGAGUGGCAACACACUCCACCAAACUUCCCCCUUUGCCGCACCAGGUCUCCGCUCCUCCUCGUUAAACUGCGCAACAACGGCAAAGACAGAGGUUUUCAACUUUGUCUCAGAGUUCACUCCGCAUUUGUUGACAGUGUCCGUGUGGGAAGUUUGUUUGUUUGUUUGUUUUUAUUAAGCGGCGACAAAGUUUGGACAUGACAACACUCAGGUGGUAGAGGAGACACUUGGGUGUUUGAGUGAAGCAUCAUGAAGCCACAGCUGCUGUGCGCCGGCGUCUCUCUGUGGUCUCUGCUGGUCUUCAGCGUACUCAAGAGCUCCAAUGCAGUAUGUGCUGAGAGGGAAUGUUACAGCAAUGAAACAGAAUCUUUGACAGCAACAACGACAGAAAUCAUCUUUGUAUCCAGACCAAACUGCACUCUGUCCAUUGGGGACAAUAUCACUGGAAAUGGCUUGCUAACUGGUCUGAACCCUGGAACUGUCCACCAAAUCCUCUUAAGCUGUCUACAGUGCUGUAAAGAGAUCACAAUGAAACCAGGUCAAAUUGAUCUGCUCAAUGUGACAUCAACAACCUCGUCCAUCUCUCUGAACUGGGCUCCGCCUCCUGGUCAGGUGUUUAUGUACAGGUUGGAGUGGCACAGUGGAGGAACGCCAGUGGCCAGAAACACAAAUGACACCUUUGCUGUGCUGUCAGACCUGAACUCUGGCAUUGAAUACACAAUCACAGUCACUGCACUCGCUGCAGAUACUGAGACACAAGGAGACCCUCGCACUGUCACCCAGUUCACAAAGCCUGAAAGAGUCCACUCCGUCAAUGUCACUGAUAUCACAACAUCCUCCAUGUUGGUGAUGUGGACUGAACCACAGGGAAGCCGCUCUUUUUAUCGACUGCUGUGGACUGAUGGGACAAGAAGUCACAGUGUCGAUGUAAAUGAAACAAUGAAUAAUGUCACUGGAUUAACGGCUGGAGUGAAGCACAGAUUUACUGUCACAGCAGUGGCUGGAGACAACCAAACAGAAAGUGAAAUGACUCAAGUUUCUCACUAUACAAGGCCUGCAAUGAUCAGAGAUCUCAGAGUCACUAAUGUCACUGUGUCCUCUUUGUCUCUGAACUGGAGUGAACCAGUGGGAAACUGGUCCUUCUAUAGUGUCCAUUGGACAGAUGGACAUAUGACUGUGUCUGACACACAUGUUACCAUUAACAACCUGACUGCUGGUGUGGAAUAUACAAUAAGUGUCACAGUCGUGGCUGGAGACAACCAAACAGAAAGUGAAAUGACCCAUGUUUUUCAAUAUACAAAACCAGGUCAAAUUGAUCAGCCCAAUGUGACAUCAACAACCUCCUCCAUCUCUCUGAACUGGGCUCCGCCUCCUGGUCAGGUGUUUACGUACAGGUUGGAGUGGCACAGUGGAGGAACGCCAAUGACCAGAAACACAAAUGACACCUUUGCUGUGCUGUCAGACCUGAACUCUGGCACUGAAUACACAAUCACAGUCACUGCACUCGCUGCAGAUACUGAGACACAAGGAGACCCUCGCACUGUCAGCCAGUUCACAAGGCCUGCAAUGAUCAGAAAUCCCAGAGUCACUAAUGUCACUGUGUCCUCUUUGUCUCUGAACUGGAGUGAACCAGUGGGAAACUGGUCCUUCUAUAGUGUCCAUUGGACAGAUGGACAUAAGAAUGUGUCUGACACACAUGUUACCAUUAACAACCUGACUGCUGGUGUGGAGUAUACAAUAAGUGUCACAGCAGUGGCAGGUGACGGACACACUGGUGGACAGAGUGUGAGCUUUUCCCAGUACACAAAGCCUGAAAGAGUCCACUCCGUCAAUGUCACUGAUAUCACAACAUCCUCCAUGUUGGUGAUGUGGACUGAACCACAGGGAAGCCGCUCUUUUUAUCGACUGCUGUGGACUGAUGGGACAAGAAGUCACAGUGUCGAUGUAAAUGAAACAAUGAAUAAUGUCACUGGAUUAACGGCUGGAGUGGAGCACGGAUUUACUGUCACAGCAGUGGCUGGAGACAACCAAACAGAAAGUGAAAUGACUCACGUUUUUCACUAUACAAAUCCAAACCCUGUAUCGAGCGUUGAAGCCCUCCCUGAAUCCACUACCUCAGUCAAAGUGAAAUGGUCAUACCCACUCGGAGCCCAGCAUUAUUACCGAUAUCAGAUUAACACCUACAGCACAACAGGAACACUUCUCAAUUCAACAAACGUCCAGGAUAACAGCACUGAUGUACUGCACCUGCAGCCAGGAGUUAAAUAUAAUAUUAGUGUCAAGACAAUAGCAGCGCCAGGAAGCGAAUCUACAGAGAAAUGGACAUACAGUUACACAAUGCCUGGAGCAGUGACCGACCUCACAGUGAGUGAUGUGAACACAACAGCAAUCCAGCUGACCUGGAUCAGACCAAGUGACUAUAAGACUUCCUACUCCUACCUGCUGGUGGCGUUCCAGAGUGCCACAGAGAUUCAGAGGAAUCAAACAGAGAGGGAGACAUUUACCUUCAUCCACCUGACCCCUGGAGAACUGUACACAUUUCAUGUGUUUACAGAUGUGGAGGGGGUCAAGUCUACAGGGCUAAACGUGUCAAGAUACACAAUUCCUAACCCACCUGGUCCCAUCGCAGUGGAGUCUCAGACUGUCCGGUCCAUUAACUUCACCUGGCCAAUUCCAGACGACAUGAAUCAUGGUCUUUACAACUUCAGUGUGUCCACCAUUCAGGGCUCCUCUCUGAUUAAAAACAGCUGGUUCCUGUUAGACAAUCUUGAGUCUGGAAGUGCCUACAACAUCACUGUUGUUACUGUAGGUGCAUGGAACGACAAGAGCACUGCAAUGAUGGCACAGAACUAUACAAGACCAUUUUCGGUAACUAAUCUGAGACAGACAGAUAUCACAACAGAUGCAGUGACCUUGUUGUGGGAGCAGUCGCAUAGCAAACCUCACUACUCAUAUGUGGUGCAGUCUUCCAAUGGCUCCUCCCAUUCUGAAGUAGUAGUUUCAGUCAACACAAGCACAAUAACUGGACUCUUGUCUGGGAGCAACUACAGCUUCACAGUCACUACACAGACAGCAGAUGGCACUCAGGCAGCUCCUGUGACAGUCUCCUUCUUUACACGGCCUUAUGGUGUCGAGCAGCUGAGAGUUGAGCGCUUAAACACAACAACCAUCCAUGUGAUUUGGAGACAACCAGAGCAGUACAAGAGUGAAUAUCAAUAUCGGGUUCAGACGACAGGCUGUGGCUCCCAAAACAAAACUGUCAGAGAAGAAGCUGCCCAGAUCUCAGAGCUCACUCCUGGGACAAACUGCACCCUCUGUGUUUUUGUCAUUGCAGUGAAUGGCAUUGAAGGGGAUGCUAACUGUGUCUCGCAGCACACUCAUCCUGAGUCAGUACAAACCAGUAUCUCCAGCCAGGGCUCCAACAGUUCAGUGCUGGUGUCAUGGAGCAGACCUGCUGGGAAAGUGGAUUAUUUUCAGGUUUAUCUAAACAGCACUCUUCCGAAUUUAAUGGAGCAACUUCUGAACUCGACCAGUACCUCCUUUGUGUUUGAAGGUCUGUCUGCAGGGACACUUUACACGGCCAGGGUAAUCACACAUAGUGGACCCUUAAAUGUAUCAUCAGGAUUCAUCACCAAUGCAACGUUCCCUAACCCUCCUGGGUCGAUUGAGGUCCUGACAAAGACGACCGGUACCAUUGAAAUUAGAUGGGAGGAGGCUCCUCUGAUGACAGGUGCAUCAUUCUCCUACAAACUGACUCACACACCAUCCCAGGGAAGUGGAUCUGUCACUACCACCAACACCACUCACACUUUCAACUCCCUGAUGUCUGGGACGUCCUACAACAUCUCCAUUGUAACAGUGGGUGUCAUGGAUUUUGAGAGUGAGGAGGUUCACAUCUACAUGGUUACGACAAGGCCUUAUAGUGUCGAGCAGCUGAGAGUUGAGCGCUUAAACACAACAACCAUCCAUGUGAUUUGGAGACAACCAGAGCAGUACAAGAGUGAAUAUCAAUAUCGGGUUCAGACGACAGGCUGUGGCUCCCAAAACAAAACUGUCAGAGAAGAAGCUGCCCAGAUCUCAGAGCUCACUCCUGGGACAAACUGCACCCUCUGUGUUUUUGUCAUUGCAGUGAAUGGCAUUGAAGGGGAUGCUAACUGCAUCUCGCAGCACACUUAUCCUGAGUCAGUACAAACCAGUAUCUCCAGCCAGGGCUCCAACAGUUCAGUCCUGGUGUCAUGGAGCAGACCUGCUGGGAAAGUGGAUUUUUUUCAGGUUUAUCUAAACAGCACUCUUCCGAAUUUAAUGGAGCAACUUCUGAACUCGACCAGUACCUCCUUUGUGUUUGAAGGUCUGUCUGCAGGGACACUUUACACGGCCAGGGUAAUCACACAUAGUGGACCCUUAAAUGUAUCAUCAGGAUUCAUCACCAAUGCAACUUUCCCUAACCCUCCUGGGUCGAUUGAGGUCCUGACAAAGACGACCGGUACCAUUGAAAUUAGAUGGGAGGAUGCUCCUCUGAUGACAGGUGCAUCAUUCUCCUACAAACUGACUCACACACCAUCCCAGGGAAGUGGAUCUGUCACUACCACCAACACCACUCACACUCUCAACUCCCUGAUGUCUGGGACGUCCUACAACAUCUCCAUUGUAACAGUGGGUGUCAUGGAUUUUGAGAGUGAGGAGGUUCACAUCUACAUGGUUACGACAAGGCCUUAUAGUGUCGAGCAGCUGAGAGUUGAGCGCUUAAACACAACAACCAUCCAUGUGAUUUGGAGACAACCAGAGCAGUACAAGAGUGAAUAUCAAUAUCGGGUUCAGACGACAGGCUGUGGCUCCCAAAACAAAACUGUCAGAGAAGAAGCUGCCCAGAUCUCAGAGCUCACUCCUGGGACAAACUGCACCCUCUGUGUUUUUGUCAUUGCAGUGAAUGGCAUUGAAGGGGAUGCUAACUGUGUCUCACAGCACACUCAUCCUGAGUCAGUACAAACCAGUAUCUCCAGCCAGGGCUCCAACAGUUCAGUCCUGGUGUCAUGGAGCAGACCUGCUGGGAAAGUGGAUUUUUUUCAGGUUUAUCUAAACAGCACUCUUCCGAAUUUAAUGGAGCAACUUCUGAACUCGACCAGUACCUCCUUUGUGUUUGAAGGUCUGUCUGCAGGGACACUUUACACGGCCAGGGUAAUCACACAUAGUGGACCCUUAAAUGUAUCAUCUGGAUUCAUCACCAAUGCAACGUUCCCUAACCCUCCUGGGUCGAUUGAGGUCCUGACAAAGACGACCGGUACCAUUGAAAUUAGAUGGGAGGAUGCUCCUCUGAUGACAGGUGCAUCAUUCUCCUACAAACUGACUCACACACCAUCCCAGGGAAGUGGAUCUGUCACUACCACCAACACCACUCACACUCUCAACUCCCUGAUGUCUGGGACGUCCUACAACAUCUCCAUUGUAACAGUGGGUGUCAUGGAUUUUGAGAGUGAGGAGGUUCACAUCUACAUGGUUACGACAAGGCCUUAUAGUGUCGAGCAGCUGAGAGUUGAGCGCAUAAACACAACAACCAUCCAUGUGAUUUGGAGACAACCAGAGCAGUACAAGAGUGAAUAUCAAUAUCGGGUUCAGACGACAGGCUGUGGCUCCCAAAACAAAACUGUCAGAGAAGAAGCUGCCCAGAUCUCAGAGCUCACUCCUGGGACAAACUGCACCCUCUGUGUUUUUGUCAUUGCAGUGAAUGGCAUUGAAGGGGAUGCUAACUGUGUCUCACAGCACACUCAUCCUGAGUCAGUACAAACCAGUAUCUCCAGCCAGGGCUCCAACAGUUCAGUCCUGGUGUCAUGGAGCAGACCUGCUGGGAAAGUGGAUUAUUUUCAGGUUUAUCUAAACAGCACUCUUCCGAAUUUAAUGGAGCAACUUCUGAACUCGACCAGUGCCUCCUUUGUGUUUGAAGGUCUGUCUGCAGGGACACUUUACACGGCCAGGGUAAUCACACAUAGUGGACCCUUUAAUGCAUCAUCUGGAUUCAUCACCAAUGCAACUUUCCCUAACCCUCCUGGGUUGAUUGAGGUCCUGACAAAGACGGCCAGUACCAUUGAAAUUAGAUGGGAGGAGGCUCCUCUGAUGACAGGUGUAUCAUUCUUCUACAAACUGACUCACACACCAUCCCAGGGAAGUGGAUCUGUCACUACCACCAACACCACUCACACUUUUCACUCCCUGAUCUCUGGGGUGUGUUACAACAUCUCAAUUAUAACAGUGGGUGUAAUGGAUUUUCAGAGCAAGGAGGCACAUCUCUACAUGGUUAAUACAAGCAGACUAGAUGUGGGGUCAGUUGUGGCCCGAAUGGCACAAGAAGACAAAAUCACCGUCAAGUGGGAAAAACCUGGCGAUUACCAGGGAGGAUACCAUUACAUUUUGACGUGGCACAAUCAAGCUGGGCUCAGAAAUAUCAGAAAUAUCACAAUGCAAACUGAGUAUACCAUCGAUGACCUGGAUCCUGGCAGCCGAUAUUACUAUAGCGUCACCCCAGACAUCGUUAUGGGAAGCCAUGGUGUCACAACACGGAAUUCCAGCUGCACAAAUGCAGCCCAAGUGAAAAACCUUACAUGUGAAAGUCCAAACAAACCAAAGGCGGAAAUCAUCCUGUCCUGGACCCAACCCAGGGGUAGAAACUCUGGAUUCCAGGUCACUGUGAACAAUAGCAAGACCACAAUCUCCUCUCUCAAUACUACUGUGUCCAAUCUUCGCCACCAUACUAAAUACAAGCUGACUGUAGUGACUCUGAGCUGUGGACAGCCCAGCACACCUGUGUCUCAUGACUGUUGGACAGGCAUUACAGAUCCACCCAUUCCACCUGACUAUGAGACACUGCUGGAUGUUGUUAAAACGGAACACAACAGGUUCUCCAUUGAGAUUAACAGAGAGCUGCUGGAUAACAACAAUGGACCAGUCACACAUGUUGGGGUGCUGAUGACCAAAAAACCUGCAGAUAACACUUCUGACUUGAGAACAUACUUGGGGAACACUUAUGAUCAAUGGAAGGCAGAAAAGACUCCAGUCUACCUGGCAACAGUGACUGAGAUCAACCCUCAGCUCCGCAGUAUAGAGGACCAAUUGAGCAUAGAAGUUGGAGAUGGAAUUGAAUGGGAGGGCUACACCAAUGGACCUCUUGAUAGCAGUGGAAGAUACCUAUAUGCCAUUGUGUUGUUCACCAGUCUGAAUUUGCAAAACCACCUUGUGAAUUACCAAGAGUCCCUGGUCUCAAUCACAAACUUCUAUCCUGCUGUUAUACUCCCAUCAAACCCAGCAACUGUCAUUAGCAUCGUUGUCGGAGCAACCAUGGGUGUUUUUUCUGUUUUGUUCAUCAUCCUCGUUGGCUUCAUUAUCUACUGGAAAAGGAUGUACAAGAAGGAAACAACAGAGAUUGAGUUUCAGUCCAUGAGAUCCAAAGCAAGUAUAUCUGUGAGGAUCGAGGACUAUGAGGCCUACUUCAGGAAGCAGAAAGCAGACUCCAACUGUGGCUUUGCUGAAGAGUUUGAGGACCUGAAGCUUGUUGGCACAGGUCAGUCGAGAACAAGUGCUCUGACCCUGGAGAACAAGGCUAAGAACCGCUACAACAAUGUGCUUCCAUAUGACUGUUCUAGGGUGAAACUCUCUAUUAUCCAUGGAAGUCCAUUUGACGACUACAUCAAUGCUAACUACAUGCCGGGUUUCAACUCCAGGAAGGAGUUCAUAGCAUCUCAGGGUCCUCUGCCUGCCACAGUCGGGGAUUUCUGGAGGAUGAUAUGGGAGAAGAACGUACAGACCCUGGUCAUGCUGACACGCUGUAAUGAACAGGGACGAGUAAAAUGUGAGCAGUACUGGGGUCCUGGCACCAAGCACUUUGAAAACAUCACUGUGACAACAACCUCUGAAAUACCACUUGAAGACUGGACCAUCAGGGAAUUUGAAGUUAAAAACGUGAAAACUAUGGAGACCCGCUCAGUGAGACAGUUCCACUUCACAGCAUGGCCAGAUCAUGGCGUACCAGAAACCACCGAGCUCCUCAUCGGCUUCAGACAUCUGGUCAGAGAACACAUGGACCAAUACUCCAAACACUCGCCCACUGUGGUCCACUGCAGUGCUGGUGUUGGACGCACAGGCACCUUCAUAGCCAUAGACACUCUGAUCUUCCAGAUUGAGAGGGAAAAUGCUGUGGACAUCUUCGGCACUGUCCAUGAGCUGCGUAUGCACCGGACCCUUAUGGUGCAGACGGAGGAUCAGUAUGUGUUCUUAAACCAGUGUGCCAUGGACAUCAUCAAGUCAAGAACUGGAACCAAUGUGGAUCUAAUCUACCAAAAUGCCGCUGCAUUCUCCAUUUAUGAGAACAUAGACCCCAAAAAAGGUCAUAACAAAAACGGGUACAACAAUAAUUAGGCCUCCAAAACUGCUCAGGUCGUCUAGUUCCUCCUGUGCUCUUUGCACAAAACUGAGCAAACAUUUGUAAAGGGAUCGCCUUUAAUAGAUUUAGCUGUAUUUAUUUUUAUACACCUGUCUUUAUGGACCUUGUAACUUUCUGGAUUCAAACGUGUCAUUUUUAUUGUAUUUAUUUCUUUAAUAUAUUGAAUGUUGGCUGAAGAAGAGAAUUGUAUGUGGAGACGAUCACUGUCCAAAGACUUGUGGUUUAUAUGUAAACUUCUGUCUUAGAUUCUUUCCCAUAAGUGAAUACUUUUGUUUUGCUCAGUUGUAAUUUAUUUCCUUUUGCUUACUACUGUAUAUGAUUUACUGUUUUUCAGCUCAGGUAAUAUGUUGGAUGCUUGCAAAGGCAUAUUACAAUCAGAGUGGCUAUGUGAAGGAAUGCUGGUAUAAAAACUGUGUGCCUUUUUAAAAACAUGUGCACUUAAAUACCACUAGGUGGCAUUCUUCUAUUUUGUUUUUGGAAAGAAAUAAUCCAAAAGAAAAUCAUGGACUGUUUUACCUCCUUAUGGGGUCCUUAUGUGUUUUUUUUCCUUCAGUUUAUCAUAGUUUGUUGACAUUUGUCAGAUUGUAUUUUAUAAUACUAUUGUAUUUUUUGCACAUCUAAACCAAUUUGAACUGUGCAAUGACUGUUAAUGGAACGUUAGUUGUUAAUUGCUGAAGAAUACUUUGUAUGUGUGUGCACACUGUAGCAAAUAAUGCACUGGAUGCAUUUGUCUUCAUAUACUGUCCACUUUUUUUUUUUUAAUGUGAUAUUAUUCUCUUAUGAGUAUCCUCAACUAUUUUAGCUCAUGCAUCGGAUUUGUCUUAACCUUAUCAUUUUCAGUUGCAAGAAAAAGCUCAGGAAGUCAACAGUGGACAUUUUAUUUUGAAAUGUAGAUAAUCCAUUGUGCAUCAGUGUGUAGUCUGAUGAAGCCAAAGGUCACAUUCAUUAUUGUCAAUAAUUUCUUUUUUUUAUUACAUUAUAAAUGUAUAAUAGAAACAGAGACACUUCCUGUGAUAUUGAUAUCACCAGAGGAGCAGAAACGUUAUGUACUGCUUCCAAAGGGUCUAACUUUUCUAAGAGAACUGAUAUGUCCAGUUGUCCAGACGCCUUUUUUUUGGAACUCCUCUUUUAUUUGUUUUAUAUCGUAAUGAACUUUGUAACAUUUAAAAGCACAUUUUGAAUUUAAGGCAUUUAUUUUAACUAUGUAUUUGAUAUGCUUUAUAAGAUGCUUGCUGGUACAAUGCAAAAGAAAUGCAAUCUGAUUAAUAUUUGAAUAUCUUUAAGCCUGUCAAACAAAAUGGCAUUAAAGAUGUUUUACACCACA